UCAGCUGACCAUCAAAACACUGACGGGGGCGGAGGUACGGGGUGGCUCAAAGACUGGUAGUCUGACAAGCUCAAAUCACCGCUGGUUUAAGCAAUGCUGGUGUCUGUCAUAUACAUAUAUUUGAAGUGUGGUAAAGGAUAAUUUUGCCUUGAGACUCGUUGACGUAUUAUCACAUAGUAAUGUUGGCUAGGUGGUGGCAAGUGUGUGUUGACAGGUUCUCACUGCUGUCAAAGCCGCUGUGAUCUGUGCCUUAGUACUUCUGUUUUAUUGACUGACGUGGUGUACCGUAGACAGGCAGGAUGGCUGCGCUAGAGAGCCAGAGCCAUGUGUUUCCAGCACGGGUACCGGCAGAGGUUAGGACGCUGGUGAAGGCCACUCACACCAUGGACAAAGCUGUCUUUAGGCGACUCAUCAAAAUUGCCCUGGGUUACCUGCAAGGUGGAGGAGCAGAACAAGAAGCAGCCAUUACCCACCUGUGUGGAGCAAGCCAAGCCAACACUGAAGAACAGGUCAUGAGUGUGUGUGUUCAGUAUUCUGGGGUAAUAAGUCUGCUAAGGGCUGUCCUGAGGCUCAACACCACUACUACUCGACAAGAUGCACUUGUGGCAGACCUCACAGCCCUUGGGCUACCUGGUGGGUUUGCUGUGGAUGUGGGCCGAGUGGUGUAUGGAGCAGCCCGGCCAGACAUUGACCGCCAGCUAAUUGCUAGCUCCCCAUCACUGCCCACCCUGGCUCACAUGAGCUGGAGGGUUGAUGUCACUAUUUCAACAAGUUGGCUGUCACGAGUACUAGAACCAGUGGUGGUGAUACAGAUGAAGACCAGCACCGGUGCCUCACACACUUUCCAGGUUCCACUCAACAAGUUCCAUGUGUUGAGGUUUACAGUAGCAAGCCUCCUGCACCAGAUGAGCAUGCUGCAGGCUGCUCCUAUAUGCAAAAAGUAGUGGUGGUAGUUGUAAUGGUAGUGGCAGCAGUUGUUCUGAUGGUGCAAAGUUUAAUGCAUCUAAGUGGAAGACUUUCAACUGAUGUGAUGUUGGAUACGCUCACAGAUGGUUGCUUUAAUGGCAUUUUCUCCUAGAUAUAAUAGGAGCUUAGAGUAGAAUACAUUGAACACAAAAAACUUAGUCUUAUUGUGGUGGUGAUCAAUGAGUAGUGUUACAAUGUAUGGUUUGUGGCUGUUCAAGUGCAGUAAACAAGUCAGUGAUGACUGACUGGGUAACUAUGAUUGAUGAAUGCUCAUGAGGCCAAGAUACUCUGUUUAAACUAGGUAUAUGAACUUUGUAAUGCAAAAAUGGAAGUUUAUUCAUAAGCUUCAUAGGCUCUUUGUAACAAAUAUUUUUCUAUGUGGAAUGAUUAUAGAUCUAUCCUGGCCACAGACAAACGUCAGCAACUAACAUUUUGUGCUACACCUGCUAGUUUGAUUUUUUUUUUCAUGGUCCAAACUUUCAAGAAAUCCAACUGUGAUCUAUGUACAGAAGUAGAAUAGAGUGUGAGCCAUUUGUCAUCUAUCCAUGAUUUACAUUUGUAAAUGUUUUUAGUAUCAUGGCAAGGAGUGUGACAUGAUAAUUAAAACAAGUUUUACACAA